AUGAAAUCCAACCCCAAGUGCCCUGUGUGUGGUGGUGAAGAUGAAUCAAUUGAACAUGCUCUUUUAUUAUGUCCGUGGGUCAAGUUAGUGUGGUUUGGUUCCCCAUUGGGUAUGAAGAUCAAUAUGCAAGCCAUUACUACAUUUGAUUGUUGGUUAUUACAUAACUAUCAAUCAUAUAAGAGUAAGGAGGAUCGUGAUUGGGCUCUUACCAUGAUCAGCUUCAUUUGUUGGUUUAUAUGGAAAGCUAGGUGCCGUUUUGUCUACAGGGCCACUCCAUGUUCCCCUGAACUUGUGAUUUCUCUUAGCUCAUAUGCUGCCUUUGAGUUUCUGAGUACCAAAAUUCAUAUCCCUGCAUCUAUGAUUACUUUCUCUGAAUCUCCAACCCUCCCUGGUACAGUUGUGGUGUGUACUGAUGCUUGUUGGGUAGAUGAAUUGAAAGGUGGUGUUGGGGUUGUGAUAUUUGAUCAUUUGGGUCAUCAUUUGGGGGGUUUAGCUGUUGUUUUGAAGGCAGAGAACGCGGAGAUUGCUGAAGCCCGUGCUGUCUUGACUGGUGUGGAUCUUGCCUUACAAAGAGGCUAUAAAUCAGUGAGAUUCCGCUCUGAUUCUCAGAAUGUUAUAUCUGAGUUGCAGACAAAUCGCACUUGUAUUAAUUGGAAAACAUCAAUCAUCAUGGAAGAAAUUACCUGGAGGUGCCGGUUUUUUGAUCGGAUUGAUUGGGAAUGGAUUCCCCGGGAAGCUAAUCGCGCUGCACAUGAGGCAGCCAAACUUGGUUUUCGGACGGUGGGUCUUCGCUGCUGGUCGGAGACUCCCCCACCGUCUCUAACAAUGGUACUGAGAAACGAUGGAUUCCCCUGUCCUCACUGA